AUGCACCCUGGUGUGCUUCAUAUCUUGUUGAUAGCUUUUUUGGAGUUCUACUCACUUGAGGCUAAUGCGAAGGAAGCUGAUAAAGUAGCCAACCAGUUGCAGUCUACUGGUAUAUCUUCGGUGGAGAUGGAGCCGUUUCUUCUUUCAGCACCUAAGCAAGAAGAAGUCAAGCGUCUUCCAGGCGAGAAGAUUAAGAAAAAGGAAUUGUUACAGAAGAAGUUGUCUGCUCGAGUUUUCAUUUUGAUCAAUUUCAUAGACACUUUUCAGAGUGAUGGAGAGAGGAGGAGUCUUGUAAUGUAUUUCAAAGUUUCUGAGAAUUUUAAUAAAGACAUCUCUCCUCAAUUCCAAGACAGCAUCAAGAAAAUGGUUGACGAUGAGACGGAAAAAGUUAAAGGAUUCAAAAAGGACUCCACUAUACCUUUCAGAGAAAGACUAAAGAUCUUGACUGGGGUGGUAAAUCCUGAAGAUCUCGGUCGGAGUUCUGCUGAGAAGAAGCUUGUACGUGCAUAUAAUGACAAACGAGUUCUUUCACGCCCCCGUUACAAUUUUUACAAGGGUCCAAACUACUUUGAGAUUGAUCGGGACAUUCAUCGCUUCAGCUACAUAUCAAGGAAGGAGGCUAAUGCGAAGGAAGCUGAUAAAGUAGCCAACCAGUUGCAGUCUACUGGUAUAUCUUUAGCACCUAAGCAAGAAGAAGUCAAGCGUCUUCCAGGCGGGAAGAUUAAGAAAAAGGAAUUGUUACAGAAGAAGUUGUCUGCUCGAGUUUUCAUUUUGAUCAAUUUCAUAAACACUUUUCAGAGUGAUGGAGAGAGGAGUCUUGUAAUGUAUUUCAAAGUUUCUGAGAAUUUUAAUAAAGACAUCUCUCCUCAAUUCCAAGACAGCAUCAAGAAAAUGGUUGACGAUGAGACGGAAAAAGUUAAAGGAUUCAAAAAGGACUCCACUGUACCUUUCAGAGAAAGACUAAAGAUCUUGACUGGGGUGGUAAAUCCUGAAGAUCUCGGUCGGAGUUCUACUGAGAAGAAGCUUGUACAUGCAUAUAAUGACAAUCGAGUUCUUUCACGCCCCCGUUACAAUUUUUACAAGGGUCCUAACUACUUUGAGAUUGAUCGGGACAUUCAUCGCUUCAGCUACACAUCAAGGAAGGGUCUCGAAUUUUUGUGA